AUGGCGCCAACGUGGUCUGACAAGAGAGUCAUUGCUCGUUCAUGUGCCCACGUUUUCAGAAUUGCUGAGAUAAUGAGAUCAUCAUUGCAGCAGCGAGUGAAUGGCUUUUGCUCGCAAUCAUCCUUGUUGGCGGCAAUCAAUUUUAUUGAGGAUGGCGAUCAUUUGCUUCAGUUGAUGAUUCCAACUAUUAAAGAGCUUCAGGUGAUUGAUCUCCUUGGUCUGACUAUUUGCCCCCAGGCUAAUUCCGUGUGCAACAAGAUGGCUCUAUAUAUGAUGCUUUACUUGGUAUUGGUCGAUCCACCUCUGGCUUGGCUUCUCUCAGUAGUCGUAUCAGGAUGA